AUGUCACAUAACAACGUCGACGAUAGCAAUUCCACUUCCUCUUCAUCGGAACACUCUGAGAACGAAGAUGAAUAUGACGACGAGGAUGAAGACGAGGAUGAGGAGAACGCCGACCCUUAUUAUGAACGGUACCCAAUCCCUGAAAACACGACACCGAAGCGGCCCAUACCGAUUCCGGAUCAAAACAAAAUGAUCCAUUGGGGGACUUUACGGCCUUACGAUAAGAUGUAUGACGGGAUCGAGUUAUAUGGACAAAAGUUCUUGAUUGGUCCGAAUGGGACGAAUUUUGCGCUGGACGGGAUAUGCGUGGAGAUAUCGAUCACCUACAAAAAGCCGGGAGAAGCGACUUUAGAGAUUAAUUCAACGACAGGGUUUGUGUACGUGAAUCAGAAAACAGUUCGAAAGGGCGAGAAGGUGAUCUUAGAAAAUAAGACGGAGAUUGGGUUUUAUUUCACAAAGGUCUACAUCUUCACGUUGUUCUUUUUAGACACACCCGUGCAGAAAGUGAUUGAAGACUUGAAGAAUAACAAGGCCAUCUUACCAUACAGAGAAGAACAGAAGGUAGGACGUCCCAAUUUCACGAUGAGUGAGACGGCUUUGAAGAAGACUCCACAUAAAGAAGGGUUAGUAGCUAUAUUUAAUAAGUUUGGAAGGAAUAAGAUCUCCUCGGAGAGUGAAGAAAAACAGAAAGAACGGAAAGAACGCAACGAAGAGGCGUUUCAGUUUCUUAAGCCUUGUGAGAAAGAGGCGCUGAACUACACCUGUGAGAUUCCAUUUGAACAUCCGAAGCUUAUGAAGUACACAAAAGACAUUAUUAGCUUAUACAGAACAGUACUUUUGACUAUUCCGAAGAACGGAAUGAAACACUUGAGUCGAGUUGUGAGAGGUCUUGCGGAUAAGUAUGACCUUCCAUUAGUCGAGUUGAAAUAUGACAAACUGGGCCAGACGGUAGACGCGAAGUCACAAGAAAGAAAGGAGUUUCGAGUGCGGCAAUUAGUUCAGUUUAUAGGGAAAGGGAAGAUGCAGCGGGACUUCAAUGAUGAAAUUGAGUUGGGCACACAUGGGAUCGUCCUCUUUGUGAAAGACUCCCACGCCGCAGUCAACUUCGACUUCAAAAACAAAUUUGUCGCGAGUUUUGUUGAAAUUGAAUACCUUGGGAAUAUCGAUGAGGAGAUCCCUGAUGGGGACCAACGAGUGAUAGGACGACUCGACGAGUUGAUGGACAGCUAUGGCCCGAUGAUACUUCUUAUCACUGAUAUAAGUGGGUUAAAUGACAAUCAGCAGUUACAAACGGACUUCAAAGCGUAUCUCCGGUCGUUCAAAUUUUCGGACAGACAGUCGGUGAUCAUAGGAACAAUGGUAACACCGCCGCCCCCAUCGAAGUCGCAUGCUUCGCAACAAAUAGAUCAGUCUUUGUGUAUGUUAGGUGGGAUGAAAGAGAUUCGAUUUGAGACGAUCACCUUUUCCAAAGCGUCCAAAGACCAACAGAAAGACUUGAGUGUCAUUUCCAAGUUAUUUGGGAAUGUCAUCAAAUUCAGUGAGCCGAGUGGGGAGUUUGGGAGUAAGUGGAAAUCGUUAGUAGGCGAAGAUGCGAAGAAUGAGAAGCUUGCGAAGAACAAAGCGUUGUUAGCGAAGCACAGUGAAGAGUUUGGUGUCCACAUUGCGCAGUAUCCUGAAGAAGAGAUGUAUGAAGUGUAUAGUAAUGAUCAAAUAGAGAGAGCGAUAGGAAUAGCAAUACAAAAAGCACGGAAAGAAGUGCGGGACCCGAAGGAAUUGACGAAAGAGCAGAUAGGGUUUGGUCUUGAAGUUGUGAAAGAGAAGAAAAGUGUAGAUGUUGAAGAGAUGGAGACGGACAAUGAAUUUGAAAAGAAGCUUCUGAGUGAUGUGAUCAAGUCUGACGACAUCAAUGUGUCGUUUGAUGACAUUGGAGCACUUGAUGAUGUCAAAAAAGUGUUGAAUGAAACGAUCACCCUUCCUUUAGUGCGCCCGGAGUUGUUCUUCUCGAAGUUGACGCAAGGGGCGAAAGGGGUUUUACUCUUUGGUCCUCCUGGGACGGGGAAGACUAUGUUAGCGAAAGCCGUAGCGACGGAGAGUAAGUCGAAUUUCAUUAAUGUGUCGAUGUCCUCAUUGGGGUCGAAGUGGUUUGGUGAAGCCGAGAAGUAUGUCAAAGCCCUUUUUACACUUGCGUCGAAAUUAUCGCCGUGUGUUAUAUUUGUCGAUGAAGUUGAUGCGCUCUUAGGAAAGCGGUCGAGCAGUGAACAUGAGGCGGUACGUAAAAUGAAGAACGAGUUUAUGUCGUUGUGGGAUGGGAUUAAGUCGAAAGAUAUGGAACGCGUUAUUAUAAUGGCUGCCACGAAUCGGCCGUUUGAUUUGGAUGAUGCGGUCUUACGUCGAUUGAGUCGAAGGAUAUUAGUGGACUUACCAAAUGAACAGAAUCGAGUGACUAUAUUAAAGAAGAUACUGAGAAGGGAAGACGUCGAUCCUAAUUUGAAUUACACGAUGAUCGCACAACAGACGGAAGGGUUUUCGGGAAGCGAUUUGUUUGCACUCGGACAAGUCGUGGCGAUGCGACCGAUUAAAGAAUAUCUGAAGAGUGAAAAGGGGAAGAAGAGAGACCCAAACCCUAUUUUAAGACCAAUCACUACGGAAGACUUCUUGGAAGAAGCGAAAAAAGUCAACCCAUCCGUUUCGAAGGAUUCAAGCUCACUGACAGAACUCAGGAGUUGGAAUAGUUUGUAUGGCGAGGGAAGCACAACAUCGUCUAAUAACUUAAAAUAUUUCCUUUAA